AUGCUUGGCAGUCAGAGUAGACAGCAUAGAGUAGAGCGGCAGGGGCCCAGCUCCUGCUACGAGCCUGCCCUCACGGACCACUACCAGGUGGUGAGGAAGCUCGGGCGGGGGGGCUUGAGCCAGGUGGUCCUGGCCCGCCAUCUCCUCACUGGGGCAGAGGUGGUGGUGAAAAUCGUGCCCAAGACCAAGGCGCUCCGGCAUGUCCUGUGUGAACCGCAGAGGUUGAUGGCCCUGGACCACCCGAAUGUGAUCCAGCUCCUCCAGGUCAUCGAGACCCGGGGCAACAUGUACAUGGUCCUGGAGCACGCAGGUGGGGGCGAUCUGACGCGGCGCAUCCCGGUGUGCAGGGGCCUGAAGGAGGGGAAGGCCUGCAGGCUGUUCCGGCAGGUGGUGUGCGCCGUGCGCCACUGCCACCACAGGGGCAUCGCGCACCUGGACCUGAAGCCCGACAACCUGGUGCUGGACUCCGGGGGCCGCAACGUGAAGCUCAUCGACUUUGGCCUGAGCCUCACCUUCACGCCGGGGCAGAGGCUCAGCACCUACUGGGGCACGCUCCCCUACUGGGCCCCUGAGCUGGUGCUGCGGCAGGGCUUCGAGGGGCCCCCGGCGGACGUCUGGAGCCUGGGAGUCACGCUCUUUGUCCUGCUCACAGGGAGACUCCCGUUCCCGGCCUGCACCGACCUGGGCCUGCGGAAGCAGAUCCUGCGGGCCCGCUACACCCUCCCCUUGUGCCUGUCCGCCGAGGCCCGCAGCCUCAUCCAGCGCAUGCUGACGGUGGACCCGGCCCAGAGGCCCACCCUCGAGCAGGUAAUGGGCCACCCGUGGCUGAGCCAGGGCCAGCCAGCUCCACCCAGUCCUGGCAGCCAGCCGCUCCCCAAACGCCCCGAUCCCGCCAUCCUGACCAUCAUGCUCGACAUGGGUUUCGACCCCUACGAAGCCUGGGUGUCCCUGGACAAGCGGAAAUUCGAUGAGGCCAUGGCUACCUACCGCAUCCUCCAGUACCAGGGACCCCAGGCGGCGGGCCGCCAGCGCCAGGCCAGAUCUGUGUGCUGUCGCGGGGUCGCACCUCUCCCGGCGCCCACAGAUGCCCCCGGCGCCCACCCCAACAAGUGCACCAGCAAGCCUGUCCUUCCCAUGCCCAGCGAGCAGCAGCCUGCGGAGGCCCGGUCGGCGGGGCAGAAGACCGCUGCCAGUGCCAGCCGGCCCGCCGUCCUUCUGCACCCCUUCUGUGUGCACACGGCCCCUCAUGGUCCAGCCUGCCGGCGAGGCCCUGUGCCCAGCAGGCCCGAGCACCCCCGGCCCAGCCUCAGCAGGCGGGUGGACGAAGGCCCCAGUUCGUCCUCCCAGGGUCCCUCCUCAGGCCGAUCCUCCGACAGCAGCAGGGGCUGGAGGCGGGUCACCAAGAGCAUCGCCACCUGCCUUAGAAAACUCUGCUGCUGUGUGCCCUGCAUCCGAGGGCCCGUCUCCCCGAGAGUGGCACCCAUGCAAGGAGGCCACCGACGCCUUAGGUCCCCACACAGAGUGGCUCCAGGGAACGUGCCCUGA